AUGUCGCAAGAAUUAUUCGGUUUGAAUGACGUCAACAACAUGGAGUCAGUAGAAAGUAUAGAGGAUUUCGAUGAUGUUAACAUUAACAACAGUUGUAACAACAGCAGCAACAACGGCAUUAAUAAAGAUAAUAUCAAGGAUAACGAUAUUAAUAGUAGUGAUAAUAGUGAAAAUAAUAAUGACGAUAUCGUUAACAAUACUAAUACCAACGAAGAACACUGGAAUGAGACAAUUGAUAACAAUAAUAGUGAUAACAAUAUUAGCAAUAAAUAUAAUAAUAAUAAUGAGGAGGAGGAAGAACGUUGGGAUGUAGAUCCAAUGACUCCCCAUUUUACGACUUUAUACAGCGACUAUCCGCGGCCAGGAUACUACCCUUUCCUAUAUUAUAUGCCGACCCUUAUAGAAUUGAGAAACCGGGAAUAUGGAUUCAGACAGCCGGGUCUGUUCUGCAAUUUGAUUGGGACUGGGAUUCCCGAGCCCAAAGACCCUAAGGUCGAGUUUAACUUUGAUAUGGCAGACAGUGACGCAGAUGAAGAUGACUUUGAGCCAGGAUUUUAA